UGUCACUAGGUUAAAUUUCUAAUUUUUCUAUAAUUUUUUUUUUUUCGACAAUGCUUGACAAUUCUGAAUAUUUUCUUUCUUUUUUAUAAUUUUGUGUGGCUUUAUUGACACGUGAAACAAUGACUAAAAAACGCAGAAAUGGAGGAAGGUCAAAGCAUGGCCGUGGUCAUGUUAAUCCAGUAAGAUGUACAAAUUGUGCACGUUGUGUUCCAAAGGACAAAGCAAUCAACAAAUUUGUCAUUCGUAAUAUUGUUGAAGCUGCUGCUGUUCGUGAUAUCAACGAGGCUAGUGUAUAUGAAAGCUAUCAAUUACCAAAAUUGUAUGCUAAAUUACAUUACUGUGUAUCAUGUGCAAUUCACUCCAAGGUUGUACGUAACAGAUCAGCAACUGAUCGUCGUAUCAGAACACCACCAGUUCGUAAUUUUGGAAGAGGACCACCAAGACCAGCUGCUGUUAAAAAUUAAUUAAUACAAAAAUUCAUUAUGCAUUUUGUAUAAAUUAAAAUAUUUUGAAAAAUAUUUCACAUGAUUUUUUUACAAAAAUAAAAAAAUUGAUUAAUAAAUUUUUUUAUUUGGAGUAAAA